CUGGAAGAGAACUCGGAGCGCGCGGCGAGCGCCCUGCGCGCGGCCGGCGACCACAACCUGAACCCCUGGGCCGUGCCGCCGCACGCGCUGCACGCGCUGCUCGCGCACGUCUCCUCCGGCUCCUCCACGCGCGCCGUCUCGCCCACCGACAGGUGCGUGGCGCCGCUGGCGGGUCACUCUACUGUAGCGUGUCCAGCUGGAGAGAACUCGGAGCGCGCGGCGAGCGCCCUGCGCGCGGCCGGCGACCACAACCUGAACCCCUGGGCCGUGCCGCCGCACGCGCUGCACGCGCUGCUCGCGCACGUCUCCUCCGGCUCCUCCACGCGCGCCGUCUCGCCCACCGACAGCACGCUGCUGGAGUUGCGUCGGCAGCACACGAAUGGCGUGCGCGAGGUGGCCACGGCGCCCGCUUCGCCGCCCGACGAGCCCGCGCCCUUCCAGAGAAACAC